CCGCGGGCCGCCCGCGCGGUUUGUGUCCUGCGGAGCCCCCUCGAGCCCCCGGGUGGCUGCGGGCGCAGAUCGCCGGCGGCUCCGCGCGGAACUCGCCAGCUCGGGAGCAGGAGAACAUGAGUGAGAACUUGAAGGACUGUUUGAUCCAGACCCAAGCUUCCUUAGGUGAGAUGGUGACGAUAAAAACAGAGGCCUGCUCUCCUUGCCGGGACCAGGAGUAUGGACAGCCUUGCUCUGGAAGGCCUGACCCACAGUCCAUAGAGAUGGAGCCCAAGAAACUGAAAGGGAAACGGGAUUUAAUCAUGACCAAGAGCUUUCAGCAAGUGGAUUUCUGGUUCUGUGAGUCCUGCCAGGAGUACUUCGUGGAUGAGUGUCCGAACCAUGGCCCCCCAGUGUUUGUGUCUGACACACCAGUGCCUGUUGGCAUUCCUGACCGGGCAGCGCUGACCAUCCCUCCUGGAAUGGAGGUGGUUAAAGAGCCCAGUGGGGAGAACGAUGUGCGCUGUAUGAAUGAGGUGAUCCCCAAAGGUCACAUCUUCGGGCCGUACGAAGGGCAGAUCUCUAGCCAGGACAGGUCUGCAGGAUUCUUCUCGUGGCUGAUUGUUGAUAAGAACAACCGCUACAAAUCCAUUGAUGGGACAGAUGAAACCAAAGCAAACUGGAUGAGGUACGUCAUCAUCUCCCGGGAGGAGAGGGAGCAGAACCUGAUGGCCUUUCAGCACAGCGAGAGGAUUUACUUCCGUGCCUGCCGUGACAUUCACCCUGGGGAGAGGCUGCGGGUGUGGUACAGUGAGGAUUACAUGAAGCGGUUGCAUAGUAUGUCCCAGGAGACUAUCAACAGAAAUUUCACAAGUGGAGACAAAAAGUUACAGAGUGAAAAGUCAGAAAAGAACACAGAAAAUCAAGAGGAUGCAAGGGGGCCACUCCACUUCACCACCUUAAAGCAAGGGAAGAGCCCCUACAAGCGCAGCUGUGACGAGGGGGAAUCCCACCCCCAUACAAAGAAAAAAAAGAUUGACCUCAUCUUCAAAGACGUUCUGGAGGCUUCUUUGGAGUCUGCCAAGUUUGAUGAGAACCAGUUAGCAACAAGUACACCACUUGCCAUCAGAAAAGCAUCUAAAUACCAGGCUGAAGACAUCUUUGAGCAGUGUGGCGGUGCCAUGCAGCACAGCUCCCUGAGCCUCAGCAGAAACCAGAGCGAAGGGGAAUGGAAGGUCCCCCACAGUUCCUCUUUCAUCUCAGCCAAGGAAGUGGGCAUCCUUGAAGAUGAGGAAGAAGAGCCCCUGUCACUCAAAGCAGACAGCCCAACCGAGUUGUCACUGGUCUCUGCACAAGGCAACUCCCAUGAAAUCCCCAGCACAUCCUUUUGCCCCAACUGCAUCCGGUUGAAGAGGAAAAUCCGGGAGCUACAGGCUGAGUUAGACAUGCUGAGAUCUGGGAAGUUACCUGAGCCACCCGUGUUACCGCCCCAGGUACCCGAGCUCCAAGAGUUCUCAGACCCCACAGCUUCAGAAAGCAUCAUCUCAGUUCCCACCAUCAUGGAGGACGAUGACCAAGAGGUGGAUUCUGCUGAUGAAUCGGUUUCCAAUGACAUGAUUGCUGCUACAGAUGAGCCUUCCAAGAUGUCUUCUGCGACAGGCCGGAGGAUACGGCGGUUCAAACAAGAGUGGCUUAAAAAGUUUUGGUUUCUGCGGUACUCCCCAACAUUGAAUGAAAUGUGGUGCCAUGUCUGUAGACAGUACACAGUGCAAUCCUCUCGGACUUCAGCCUUCAUCAUUGGCUCAAAGCAGUUCAAGAUACACACGAUAAAGCUUCACAGCCAGAGCAACCUCCACAAGAAGUGCCUGCAGCUUUACAAGCUCAGGAUGCACCCAGAGAAGACAGAAGAGAUGUGCCGAAAUAUGACCCUGCUCUUCAAUACAGCCUACCACUUGGCCCUAGAGGGCAGGCCCUACUAUGACUUUCGGCCUCUGGCGGAACUACUGAGAAAGUGUGAACUCAAGGUGGUGGAUCAGUACAUGAAUGAAGGAGACUGCCAAAUCUUAAUUCACCAUAUCGCCCGGGCUCUUCGAGAGGACCUGGUUGAACGCAUCCGGCAGUCUCCCUUCCUCAGUAUCAUUCUGGAUGGACAGAGUGAUGAUUUGCUUGCAGACACGGUUGCGGUCUAUGUGCAGUACACGAGCAGCGAUGGGCCUCCGGCAACUGAAUUCCUGUCCCUUCAGGAGCUGGGCUUUUCUACAACAGACAGUUACCUCCAAGCAUUAGACCGGGCUUUUUCCAGCCUGGGAAUACGAUUGCAGGAUGAGAAGCCAACUGUUGGCUUGGGAGUUGAUGGUGCUAACAUUACUGCCAGUCUCAGAGCCAACUUGUUCAUGACAAUCAGAAAGACCUUGCCCUGGCUUCUCUGCCUGCCCUUUAUGGUGCAUAGACCCCACUUGGAAAUUCUGGAUGCCAUCAGUGGGAAGGAACUACCGUGUUUGGAGGAGCUGGAAAAUAAUUUGAAGCAGCUGCUCAGUUUCUACCGUUAUUCUCCCCGACUCAUGUGCGAGUUGAGAGUCACUGCUGCCACUCUGUGUGAGGAAACUGAGUUCUUGGGGGACAUUCGAGCAGUGAAGUGGAUCAUCGGGGAGCAGAAUGUGCUUAAUGCUCUAAUCAAGGAUUACCUUGAGGUUGUGGCCCAUCUCAAAGAUGUCAGUGGCCAGACCCAAAGGGCAGAUGCUUCUGCCAUUGCCUUGGCCCUCCUGCAGUUCCUGAUGGACUACCAGUCAAUUAAACUCAUCUACUUCCUGCUGGAUGUGAUUGCUGUGCUUUCACGCCUUGCCUACGUCUUCCAAGGGGAGUACCUUCUUGUGUCGCAGGUGGAUGAUAAAAUAGAGGAGGCCAUCCAGGAGAUCAGCCGGCUAGCAGACUCACCUGGGGAGUACUUGCAGGAGUUUGAGGAAAACUUCCGUGAAAGCUUUAAUGGCAUUGCUGUGAAAAACCUACGGGUGGCUGAAGCCAAAUUCCAGUCGAUCAGAGAAAAGAUCUGCCAAAAGACCCAGGUGAUCCUGGCCCAAAGGUUUGAUUCCCGCAGCCGGACAUUUGUGAAGGCCUGUCAGGUAUUUGACCUUGCAGCUUGGCCCAGAAGCACUGAUGAGCUCAUGAGCUAUGGGAAGGAGGAUAUGGUACAAAUAUUUGAACACCUGGAGACAGUCCCAUCAUUUUCCAGAGAGGUUUGCAGAGAGGGGAUGGACACCCGAGGGAGUCUGCUGAUGGAGUGGCGAGAACUCAAGGUGGAUUAUUAUACCAAAAACGGUUUUAAAGACUUGCUUAGUCACAUUUGUAAAUACAAACAGAGAUUUCCCCUCCUAAAUAAAAUAGUUCAGAUCCUCAAAGUCCUUCCCACCUCUUCGGCCUGCUGUGAGAAGGGGCGCACUGCCCUGCAGAGAGUGCGCAAGAACAACCGCUCUCGGCUCACGCUGGAGCAGCUCAGUGAUCUGUUGACAAUUGCUGUUAACGGGCCACCCAUUGCUAACUUUGAUUGCAAAAGGGCACUAGAUAGUUGGUUUGAGGAGAAGUCCGGUAAUAGUUAUGCGCUGUCAGCAGAAAUGCUGAGCAGGAUGUCAUCUCUUGAUCAGAAGCCGAUGUUGCAGAGCAUGGACCAUGGCUCUGAGUUUUACCCUGAUAUUUAGGAAGGAAUGCCUCAGAUCAGAAAGCAGUUGAAUAAUUUUUUAAUCUAUACUCUAAACUUUGAUAUAUUAUAUAAAAUAUAUAUAUUAUCUAUAUUAAGGAAAAACCCACACUGAAAAUUUAAAAGUUAGACGAUGUGCGUCUGAUAGAAGCUAAGCAGAAUUUUAAAGAUUGAGACAAUGUUUAGACAUUUACUAGUGUCUCCAACCAUGGCAGCUGCAAUGUAGGUGGCAACAUUUCAUUCUUCAGAAGCAUGUGCUGGGGCCAUACUCUACAUGUUCAAACUUAACAAUCUAUAAGCUACACAACGGGUCUUUGUCAGCCUCAUCCUCCCGGUAGUUUCCUUUGUAUGUGUGUUGUCGGUUUGUUGGGUUUUGGGUUUUGUUUUGUUUUGGGGUUGUUUGUUUAUUUGUUUUCCCCUCAGUUUCAAUCUCUGCCUCUCCUUCCAUUGUUCAGUCCAGUUAUUGAGCCAUUUGAGCCUUUUGUUGGCAACCAUCACAUUUCUGAUUUCCGACAGAGCAUCCCGUGUGUUUAUGUUGCCCUAAGCUUCCCAGCUCCACCCAGUUCUCUUCAGUUGAAUGGAAGCUUUUUUCACUCAAGAGAUUACUGGCAGGAGGGAAGAGCUGAGGGCAUGAUUUUGGGUUUUUAUUCUGACUUAGAAACAAAUGCCUCCAUUAAACUGUGAUACCCCUUUCUCAGUUCUCCCCACCUUUGGGCUGUAGAGUAAUACUUGGCUUUCAGCUCUGUUUAUGAUAACCAUAAUACCAGUCUAUUAUACAUAUAUUAUAACAUGAUGUCAUGUGCAGACUAUAAAAUAGCAAAAUAGAGAAGGCAGGGGGAAAUUUUUGCAUUUAUAUUUUUAUAUUGUAUGAGAUAAAUAUAUAUAUAUAUAUAUACAACUAUUCAUUCAAAACCAGGGCUGCUGUGGAAGCUAGACAGCCAAUGAGUCGAGAGCCAUCUCUGGGCGGAGAUUCAAAGGCUUAAAAAAUUAUAUUCUAAUUUACAUUAUUUAUACUAUGUCUUUAUAAUCCUAGAUUGUUGUGGGUUUUUUGUUUUGUUUUGUUUUGUUUUGUUUGGAAUGACUGAAAGAAAAACCUGCUGCGGUUUGGUGGCAGGAGCUAUCAAUGCAAGAUUAUCUUGGAUUAUAUUCAUGUGAUGAUGUCCUACAAAGGUUCACGUAUUCUCUUGUGACCAAGGUAACAUGUUCCACAGCACAGCAGACUGAUGACAGCAGGAAGAAGGGAUACUCCGCUUCUUCCUGCGAAAUCUUUCUUCCUUUCUUGAAGGAAUGUGGAGUCCAGCUGAAAUGUGAAUGGGGGACUUGCACCUUCCAUCACAAAGAGAUUGUUCUGUGGGCUUGGGGCUCUUUUUUGUUUUAUUCUUUUAAAGUAAACAAGCUCCAGGCAUCCACACAAUAUCACUUCAGGUCAGAAAAGAAAAAAAAAAGGAAUAAAAAAAGCAACAACCAACCAAGAAAAAAAAAAAAGAAAAAACACAAACCACACAAACAAAAAAGGUGCAAAAACUCCACAGAUGCUAGUGCCUUGCCCUGCUGAUGUGGCAUGGACAGCACCAACCUGACCAGACCAUCAUGGGAGUGGGACCUGUUGUCCAAAAGGUGUCCAAGCCAACAUGUUCUCACUUCCCAGAGGGAUGAGCUUUGUGCCAAGCUGUGUUGUUUGGAAACAUGAUGGUGGUAUCAGCAACACUGAACCUUUCCUUUCUCCUGUUACCCCCCCUGCCCUUGGUCUUGGUGCUAAGAUAUCUCUAGAACCGUUGCUGCUAGAUGAUAGCUUUUCAUUUAUAUAAAAAUAUAUAUAUAUAUAAUAUUAUUUUAUUUUUUAAACGUUUUUGUUUGUUUUCAAUGGAGAUGUAGCAUGUUUGGAACCGAUCUCUCUCAGAGUCACUUUCACUGCCAGGGUUCACGCACUGUCUUCCCCAGGAAAACACACACUUCUACCUAGGUCUCACUCACCUCCUGCUAACCCCUUUGCCUUCAGUAGAACUUCACAGCCAGCACUGGGCAGAGGCAUGCAGCCAAGCCACUACGGACUGGUUCAGCUUUCACAUCCCACAGGAAGAGCUAGACUGGUGUUGAUCAGGGUUUUGGAAGUGUUUGCCGCUGUCCCUAUAGGACUGAGGAGGGACUGAGCCCACCCAGAGCACUAGUGGUGGCUCAUCCUUGUGCUCAGACUCUGCCCCCUUUUCUGUAAAACGAGGCCUUUUGGUCAGACAGUCCCAGUGGAGUAGAGUAGACCCUGUGAAUAUAGCAGCGAGGGCUGGUCAGGCAGCGUACCCUCUGUAGCACUUAUUCCCUCUGCCUUACCUCUGACAGCAUGUGCAGCCUGAGGGUAGCUCGGGCAGGAGGGGGCACCUGUGCCAGCGCCAUCCACCUUUUGCCAAAGUGCUGUCAAGGUUGUAGGCACUGAGUGCUUUUCCCCGUGGUCCUCAUGGAAAUGUCACAAGCUAGGUCAGGGCAUCACACUGUCACAGCACAGGGACAUCGAUAUGUAACACCUACCAAGCAAAAAAAUGGCUUUGUUUGCGUUUUUUUCUGUUUUUCCCUAUAAAUGAUGUGAUAAAAUUGACUCAUUCAUCCAGAGGAGUAAAUAUUAAACUGGAAACCCUCUGCCAGCUGUGCAGACUUGGACGGUUGUUUACCUGACCAUAAAGUAGGGAUCUUUCUACACAAGUUACUUGUAGCUCUCCGGGCCUGGUAAAUAGGCUCUGCUCAGGGUGCUGCCACUAAGCUCAUGGAGCUGCUGCCUGUUGAGGAGACGGCAGGCUUCCUCCCUUUUUAAAAUGUAAGGAGAUGCAAAAAGGUAAAAAAAAAAA